CACCCGUCCCCUCCCCUCGUUUCGUCCCCAGAUGUCGGCCGUGAAGCAGCGGAGCGGCCGAGGCGAUGCCCAGGACGCUGCCAGGGACUCGCAGGCCCGGCCCGGCCGCGUCAAGCGCCGCAGGACCAGGGGGGAGCGGAACCGCACCAAGUUCGGCCCAGGCCUCCCCAGCAGCACCAGGCGGCAGGGGCCGAGACCCCCCUGGGGGGGCGUCCCCCCGCUCCCCCGGCCCGCCCCCCCCCAGCACAGCCCCCUGCCGCCCCCCCGGCCCGUCAUCAUCACCCAGCAGCGCCUCAGCCGCCCCCGCGGCCUCCUGGGCCGGGGGGUGACAUCGGGGGACAUCCAGCGCCUGCUGGGGGGCGGGCAGGGGGGCGCUCCCCCCCCGCCCGAGGGGCCGGGAGUGCCGGCAGGCAGCCCCCUCCCCGAGCCGGGGCUGGGGAGGGACGGGAGGCCGUCGACCCCCCGGCCCCAAGUCCCUCGAGGACCGGGGGGGGAGGACGGGGGCUCCUCCAGCCCCCCCAGGACGCCCCCCCGGGAGGUGCCCGGCCGCUUUGGGGCCCUGCUGCCGGCCCCCGCCGAGCUGUGGGGCCGGGCCCUGGCGGAGGAGCGGCGCCGAGCCGUGCUGGCAGCCCUGCUGGAGCGCCACCGAGCCCUGCCCGACCUCGCCGCCCUCCUGCCCCCCCGGGCCGUGGGGCUGCCCCCUCCUGUGUCACCCCCUGCCUCCCCUCCCUCGCCGGGGCUCUGCACCCCUGAAAUGGAGCCGCUUUCCCAGCCGCUGCGCCCCCCUGCACCUCUUCAGGCCGUCACUCAGGCACCAACCUCCCCUUCCAUGUUCCCUCCCCCUGAUUUCAGCCCUGAGAUAAGGAAGAGGCAGAGCUGUUUCCCCUGGAUGGUGGAGGAUGAAGACGAGGCACACUCCGAAAAACCCGCCAUGCAAUUCUGCGUCCGGACCCCCUCACCACCGCUGUUCAGGGCCCGCCACCCUGCACCUUCCCCUGCCACCUACCUACCCGCAGGGCGCUGCACUCCCGAACCUGAGCUGCUGCCCCAACCAAUGCAGAGCAGGAACCCAGCACCCCAGCACCGCUGGCGCCGUGUCUCCCCACCAGCUGUCAAUCAGACUCCAAGCCCCCCUGCUGUUCCUCUGCCCCCUGUUUUCGGUGCCAAGAGGAAGGAGAAGCAGAGCUGGCUCCCCUGGAUGUCGGAAGAUGAGGAUGACACAUACCCUGAAGACCCAGCCCCACUGUUCUGUGUCCGGACACCAUCUCCACCACUGUUUGAGGGGCUCCCCCAGCCCCACAUCCCCCUGGGGGAGCCAGGCUGCACAUGCCGGGCAACAUGGGGCCCCAGGGUAGAGGACAAAGCAGAAGGACAUGGCCAGAUCCACUGGCGGUCCCGUGUGCCACAGCAUCACCGGGUGUUAGAGCAUCCCAUGUCAGGGACACAUGCCCCACACCACCCCUGUUGGCGCCACAGGGACCGACGGACACCCCCUGCUUUGUACCGGGGCACAUGCCCCUGUGCCCCCUCCCCAUCACACCACCCCUGCAAGCACAGCCCUUGUCCCCACAGCAGGCCUCGGCAUGCCACGAGCUUCCCCACGUGCCGCUGCUCACCCCCUGAAAGCCACCGGCCACGGGGCUGGAGGGGGCUGCCGGAGCCACGGCAAAGGGGGUGGCACCUUUCCUUCUGCCCCCAUGCCACAGUUCCCCACAGUGCAGGGGAUAGGGACUCUAGCCCCAAUGUCUGGCUCUUCCCCUGCCUGUACUGAGGGACACGGGUAGGCAUACUUUAUUGGAGUAACCUCCCUGUGCUCAAUAAAGGCUAUUACACCUUUA